AUGGCUUACUCAGUAUCCCCCGUCGAUGCUACGAACGGGGCCGAUGAUCUCUAUAAUAAAGGCGCGGAAGAAGACGUCCCCGUCAACAAAAAGACCAGCUUCAACGGCAGACUGAACCAAUACUUCCAUAUCUCAAAACCUCAAGAUCCCGCCUCCAUCGAUUCCAGAACCCCCACAGACAGCCCCAAACGGAAACUGGCCACAAGUAGUGAAGGGGGCACGAGCAUGAAACGGACGAAGCCGAUCCUCAAAACUACGACAACGACAACAAUAGCACGAGUAACGCGUUCUUCAUCAUCCUCUAGAUCCUCCACGCCAUCCCCGUCGGCACGAUCUACGACUACAAGAAGAAAAUCUGCCCUAGGAACAACUCCCAGCCCCCAAAAAGCCCCAUCCCCCCUCCUCAUCAGCUUUGCCUACGCCCACCCCUCGAAUUUAUUCUGGAAACUCCUGCAUUCCUCCGGCAUCACCUCCAUCCGACACCCGCCGUCGGAUACCUAUAAACUGCCAGAGUUGUAUAGUGUCGGGAACACUAAUAUUGUCGAGCGUCCCACGCGCGAUGCGAGUAUGCUCAGCAAGGCUGAGAUGAACGCCGGCGUGCCCGUGCUGGAGGCCAAGGUCGCGUCGCAGCGUCCCGAGGCGGUGUGCUUGGUUGGGAAGAGUAUCUGGGAGGCUGUGUGGAGGGUGCGGAAGGGAAGGGCGAUUCGGAAGGAAGAGUUCCGGUAUGGGUGGCAGGACGAGGAGGAGAAUAUGGGCAAGGGGGAUGGGUGGAAAGGGGCGCCUGUUUUUGUGGCUACCACGACAAGUGGACUGGCGGCUGGAAUGAGCAUGCAGGAGAAGGAGGCUGUUUGGGCUGAAUUGGGGAAGUGGGUGGUAAGGAGGAGAGAGGAGCGUGCUGCUUCUGCCGCUGCCACUGUUUCCAAGGGAGACCAAUGA